AUGCUUACACCCCAAUUUUUCCAUGUUUUGCUCUCUCUUGCCACGUGUCUCGUCCCUCUAACAUACGUGUCCAACAACUGGAGACCUCAUCGCCGUGAUCGACCCUCUGUUUUUGGUGCAUUGCUUUCCGUGGUAAUUUCAGUUGUAGGUGUUUCAUCUUCUUUCCAUCUUCAUCUGAAAUCAUCUCUGAGUUCUGCAUUCUUGAAGUAG